GUUCGAAGCAACCUGUCAGGACAGGAAGAAGACUAUUCUGGACGUGAACAUUGUCAUUCCGGAAAGUUAACUUGUUGCAGUAAUGGAUACGAAUUUGGAAAGACCAAUAAUGGAGUCAACUGCGAUUUAGCCAAUUACCACAAACUAUGUUGUACAGGGACAACUUGUGGAAGUCAAAAGAACCGUCUAUUUUCUCUUUUUACCGAGUUUCAAGAUGGCUAGCUAGUUAGCAUUAUCCAUCAGUCACUACAGGACCGCAUAGGCAGAGGCACUUAAAACUUGCUGGGAUUACAGACAACCUCCCUCUUUCAAAAUUGUGCAACGUUUGUUGUAAUGGUGCCUUUUUUUCUGUAACAAAAAGUAGUCUAGAGUCGCACCCAUAAGUUUACAGUACCGUACGCUGUUUGGGGAUACUUCUUUGAAUUUCCCUCCUUUUUUCAAUCUCAGGCGAGUGAGAAAGGGUUCGGGGUGGUUGGCUAACAGGUAUUAGCCCAAAAGUGGUUUUAGUCUUACAGUACUAGGACAGGCCUGGAAAUUGUACCUUUUUGCCUGAACCUGCAACUUUUCAUAACUCUUUUUAAUUGAAACGUCAGUUUUGCUUGUGUGUGUGUGAAAUAGGGAAAUCAAAUUACGGUUUGUUUGGGGUUUGUUUUUUCACUCCCUUUGACUGAGGAACUUGUCUAAAUCACUAUGGAUGCUAAUUCGGGGAAUUCUGCAUCUGCCGCUGCUUCAAAAAGCAAGAAGGAGAAGAAAGAAAAGAAAAACAAUGAAGAUGGCGACGGGAAAAAGAAAUUUACUCUCAAACGGCUGAUUCCCGAUGAGUUGGAGCGUUUCACCAGCAUGAGGAUGAAGAAGGACAAGGAGAAGCCUCACCCGCCCGGCCAGCGACACUCAACCACGGCUGCCAUCUACGAGGUGCCUUCCCAGGGGGCCAUGCUGCAUGACCACUCUGACGAGUACGUCCUGGAUCUCUUCGAACAGAUGCUGUUGGAUAUGAAUCUGAAUGAGGAGAAGCAGCAGCCACUGAGGGCGAAAGACAUUGGCAUCAAACGAGAGAUGGUGUCCCAGUACCUCCACACGUCUAAAGCUGGUCAGAACCAAAAGGAGAGCUCCAAGUCUGCCAUGAUGUACAUCCAAGAGUUGAGGAUGGAGCCCAGAGAUGUGCAGCUCCUGGGCUGUCUGGAGUCUCUACGGGUCUCCCUCAACAACAACCCUGUCAGCUGGGUGCAGAACUUUGGAGGCGAGGGGCUGGCUCUGCUGCUCAACAUUAUGAGAAAAAUCCAGGAUGAAAAAGACGAGAAUAUGGGGGUGAAGUGUCAACACGAGAUUGUGCGCUGUCUCAAAGCCUUCAUGAACAACAAGUAUGGUCUGAAGGCCAUGCUGACGUCUGUGGAGGGCAUCCCUCUCCUGGUCAGAGCCGUCAACCCCAGAGUGCCUCACAUGAUGGUGGACGUGGUCAAACUGCUCUCGGCCAUCUGCAUCCUGGAACAACCGGACAACCUUCAUGAGCGUGUUUUGGAGGCCAUCACAGAGGAGGCAGAGAAGCAGGAUAUUGAGAGGUUUCAGCCUCUCCUGUCUGGUAUGAACAAGCCCAACAUCGCCCUGAAGAACGGCUGUAUGCAGCUCAUCAAUGCCUUGAUCAGUCGAGGAGAGGAGCUGGACUACAGGAUCCACAUCCGCUCAGAACUCCUGAGGCUGGGCCUCCGAGAGCGUCUGACGGAGGUUCGGACCAUUGAGAACGAGGAGCUGAGGGUUCAGCUCAGUGUGUUUGAUGAUCAGGCCGAGGACGACUCUGACGAACUCCAGGCCCGCCUCAACGACAUACGCAUCGAGAUGGAUGAUGUGACUGAGGUGUUUCAGAUCCUGAUGAACACAGUCAAAGACUCCAAGGCAGAAGCAUAUUUCCUGUCUGUGAUGCAGCAUCUGCUGCUGGUCCGCAACGACUAUAUGGUCAGGCCUCAGUACUACAGGCUGAUUGAUGAGUGUAUUGCUCAGAUCGUGUUGCAGAGGAACGGAGCCGACCCUGACUUCAAGUGCCGUAAUCUCACUCUGGACAUUGAGGGGUUAAUUGAUAACAUGGUGGACAAGACUAAAGUGCAGACCAGUGAAGCCAAGGCCGAAGAGAUGGAAAAAAAGCUGGAUGCAGAGCUGACUGCACGCCAUGAGCUGCAGGUGGAGCUGAGGAAGAUGGAGACAGAUUAUGAGCACCGAGUCCAGGAGAUUGCAGCUGAGAAAGACGUUCUGGGCUCUGAGAAACAGGAGAAAGAGCGAGAGAACGAGGCGCUACUUGGACAGAUUAACACACUCCAACAAAGGAUAGAGAAGCUCGAUAAGGAUCUGGAGGAGGCUAAAACCAAAGUGGUCACUGUCCAUGUUCCAGCCCCUGCCCCCCCUAUCCCAGUCCAAGCUGGUCUCCCUCCUCCCCCUCCACCCCUCCCAGGGCAACCCUGUAUGCCCAUGCCCCCUCCCGCUCCACCCCUUCCUGGUAUGCCUGGUCCACCACCACCUCCCCCUUUACCAGGAAUGCCUGCACCCCCUCCACCCCCUCCUCUACCGGGCAUGCCUGGUCCACCGCCACCUCCCCCCUUACCAGGAAUGCCUGGUCCCCCUCCACCCCCUCCUCUACCAGGUAUGCCUGGUCCCCCUCCACCCCCUCCUCUACCAGGCAUGUCCUGUAUGCCUCCUCCCCCUCCACCCUUUCCUGGUGGUCCUGGUAUUCCGCCUCCUCCACCCGGCAUGGGCAUGCCCCCACCACCUCCUGGUAUGGGUGGCUGGGGUGCCCCUGUGCCUCCCCCGCUGCCCUUUGGCCUGGUGCCCAAGAAGGAUUAUAAACCUGAGGUGCAGCUGAAGAGGGCCAACUGGAGUAAGAUAGGAUAUGAAGAUCUGUCUGAGAACAGCUUCUGGACCAAGGCUAAAGAGGAUCGCUACGAGAACAACGAACUCUUUGCCAAACUCACUCUGGCCUUCUCCGCCCAGAGCAAAACUAAAGCUAAGAAGGACCAGGAGGGAGUGGAAGAGAAGAAAACUACCCAGAAGAAGAAGGUAAAGGAGCUGAAAGUGUUGGACUCCAAAUCCUCUCAGAACCUCUCCAUCUUCCUGGGAUCGUUUCGUAUGCCCUAUGAAGAGAUCAAAAAUGUCAUUUUGGAGGUCAAUGAGAAAAUGCUCUCUGAGUCCAUGGUGCAGAAUCUGAUCAAGCAGUUGCCGGAGCAGGAGCAGCUGAAUAUCCUGGGGGACUUAAAGGAUGAGUAUGAAGACCUGGCCGAGGCAGAACAGUUUGGAGUGGUGAUGUCCACAGUGAAGCGGUUGAAGCCCCGGCUGACGGCCAUCUUGUUCAGGCUACAGUUUGACGAGCAGCUGAACAACCUGAAGCCAGACGUGGUGUCUGUGACAGCGGCCUGCGAGGAGCUUAGGAAGAGCAGCAACUUCUCCAAGCUCCUGGAGAUCAUCUUGCUGAUGGGCAACUACAUGAACGCUGGCUCCCGCAAUGCCAAGGCCUAUGGCUUCAGCAUCAGCUACCUCUGCAAGCUGCGGGACACCAAGACAGCUGACCUGAAGCAGACGCUGCUGCAUUUCCUGGCUGACGUGUGUCAGGAGCAGUACCCCGAAGUCAUGAGCUUCCCUGACGAGCUGGUCCACGUGGAGAAGGCCAGCCGAGUGUCGGCCGAGACCCUUCAGAAGAACCUGGAUCAGAUGGGCCGUGCGCUGAAUAAUCUGGAGAAAGACCUGGAGUCUUUCCCCCCUCCGCAGAGUGACAAGGAUCUGUUUGUGGACAAGAUGACCAGCUUUGUGUCUAGUGCCAGAGAGCAGUAUGAAAAGCUGGAUAUGAUGCAUAAGAACAUGGAGAUGCAGUACACUGAUCUGGGGGACUAUUUUGUGUUCGACCCUCGCAAGAUUUCUGUUGAGGAGUUCUUUGGAGAUCUCAACAACUUCAAGAACAUGUUCCAACAAGCGGUGAAGGAGAAUGCGAAGAGGAAGGAAGCGGAGGAGAAGAUGAAGAGAGCCAAGCUGGCCAGAGAGAAGGCAGAGAAGGAAAAGGAGGAAAAACAGAAAAGAAGCCAACAACUGGACCUCAAUGCAGAGGGUGAUGAGACUGGUAUCAUGGACGGCCUGAUGGAGGCGCUGCAGUCUGGUGCUGCCUUCAGGAGGAAGAGGGGGCCCCGACAAGCUGCCAACCGGAGAGCUGGUCAUGCAGUGACAAACAUCCUGGCCAAAGAGUUGAUGCAGGAGGACCCCCAGCCCUCCAGCAAAUUUGCCAAUAAGAAGGCCAGGAUGGAGCCAAAGGAGGAGCCCCGUCCAGAUGAGGCCGGGUCACUAGAAGAUCUUCUGGAGGACAGCCUAUCACCGUCCAGUUAAACCAGAGGGUCAGAGGUCGCCCAUUGACCACUGAUUUAGGAUCAUAUUCUAUCAUAUCCUGCUCAUAAUCCUAACCUUAACCAUGUGGACUGGGACGCUCAUCUAGACACCACUGUAUUCCACCAUCAGUUGAAGGAACAUCUGUAUUCUCCCCAUUUCCUUUGUGGGACCACAGCAUUGAACAGACUCAGCCUGAGGACCAGUGGGUAAGGAGAGGCUCUCACCCUGACCGGUCUCCCAGGGCAUACGACGCCGGCUCGCUCUUGGAUGCUUCCCCACUGACGGGAGGACUCUUGCGCUUCCAUAUUAGUUUUCAAGAAUCUGCAUGAACAUGUUCACUGCUCCCUCUCUGUCAGUGUCACACACUCUGCCACUCUGUCAGUCAAUCAACUCCUCCUGUCCGUCUGAUUUCUUCUUGCUCUUACUCUGAAUAGCAUCGUGAGACAAUCCCCAUACUAUUUCUCAGGAGUGUUCCAGCAUUUUUCAGGAGGGAUAGGAAUUCUGUCUGGAUGUUGUGGAUAUCCUAACGACAGUAUGUUGAAGUGCUGGAUGUUUUUCUUUUUUUUAACCCAUUGAAAAAAAAAAAAAA